GUUCCUGAUCUGGUCAUGGCGCUCCCUUGGCUUGCUGCCAACUCGCGUCCUCCGAGCCUCUGCUAGCAUCUCACAGUCUCCCUUGAACCCUAGCCCGGGCUGCAUGCUCACUGGCAUGCGUGGUUGAUGUGUGCGUGCUGCCAGCCGUUGCCAGUUGACUGGAGGACCUCAGGGACACAGAGCUUCAUCGGUUUCAUUGAUCUGCGUGAAAACCUGACAGAGGGCUAGCGGGACUCAGCAGGGGACAUGGAGCUGCAGGAAGAGAGCUUCGAGAGCUUCGAGUCGCUGCAUGCCUUCUCCUUCGAUCAGAAACUCGACAAGCUGCAAGGAGUGUCGGCCAGCGUCUCGCGAACCCUCCAACAUGAUCUCGGGGUUCAGGAUACGGUAGGAUCUCUGUUCUCAUUCCUUUGCAUCCACGACGAUUAUCUCGAUCGAAUCUUGGAGAAGCAUAUUCCAGUGCCAAAAAGGACGCACUUUGUUCAGGAUCUAACGGAGAAACUAACCAGCGCAAGAGCAGAGAUGUACGUCGAAGAGUUUCUGCCGAGUCAACAUGCCGACAAGCCUCGUACUGCUGCCGCUCGGAAGACGAGGAAGGGGUUCGUGAGCAAGCUCCGCAGCAAGACGAAGAGCAACGGCGAGCAGAGGAUCGGGGAGCGACGAGGAGCUAUGUACCUCGAGAACGAUCGGAAGCUUCACCUGCUGUGGCGGGUGCUGCCGACUACCAUAAGAGCAGCAGGGAUCACCGUUGGAAAGUUCAGUAGCGAGGAGAAGAGAAGAGCAGCUUUCUGCGCAGAGGAUGAUGGGAGCCUUCAGGGAGGGUUUCUAUGCGCAGUGAGAGGCUCAAAGUACAAACUUCAUGCUGAGGUCGCUACGGGAACUGAAGCUUCUCAAGACCUCGUAGCUCUGCUGAACAAGUACCAAGGGAGUGUGAACAAGUACCCGGACAGACGAGCUUUCUUCAAGGCGCUGGCGGAAUCUUCGAUUGGAGCUUGCGAGAUCCGCAAGAAGCUCGACGAAGAGAAACGAACUUUCAUCAUGCUCGCUGACAUACAUGCGGCGCUGCAAAAGAUGUGAAGGCCCUUCACUUGGUCGACCAGGCGGCGAACUGCGAUGCUUGUCAUGCCUGCAGCAUGGCGCGCUGCCCGUCACCUUGCUCUCCUUGUGCUGGGUCUUGGCCUGUCUCAGCUGCUGUCGCGCUAGAGCAAUGCAGGAGCGAACGCCCGUCGGCUGUCGGAGAGUCAGGAGAGAGCAAGAGGCCAAGCUUCACCUGAGAGGCGGCGAGAUUGUUGCGAGGUCUGGAAUGAAGAGGAGGAAGAG